AUGCUAUUGGUCACUUCUGAGUCAACAAAUGAGGAUCUUCCUGCUUCCCUUUCUCGGUGUCAAGGUGGCAUUUCGCCUGUGACACCGGGCCUGUAUGUGCAUGCACGACAAUCUGUUUGCGUGCCCGUAUGUUGGUGCGGCUACUGCUGGCAAAGCGGCACGUUUUCGCGUGUCGGUUUGGCCCCGAGCUCCGGUCCCGUGGUCUGGGUCCCAGUCGGAUUAGGAGAGGUCGUGGUGGCACAACUACAAAUUGCCGUCUCUACUACGACGCUCCGGGCCUAG